ACCAAGCCGGUAAAGCUAGUGCGCGUGACUUGAACAACGUUUAUUUAUUAAAUGAAAAUGCUUAUAGGAAUGAAAUGCGACAAUUAGUUCCUUAUCUUAAGCUUUUGUAUUACCUGUUACGUUAAUUUCUUCCCGUAAACAAGACUUAUAAACUAUGGACGCUGAUCUGUAUGACGAGUUUGGAAAUUAUAUCGGACCUGACUUAGCUUCCGAAAGUGAAGAUGAAAAUGAGUAUGGAAAUGUCGGAGACGAUGUCGAAGAUAGGGAUCGGUCUGAUGAUGAAAUGGAGGAGGAUAAGGAUGAAUCGAGAGAACAGGAUCAGGCAUCGAUGGCUGUUGUGCUACAUGAAGACAAGCGUUAUUAUCCCAGUGCCCUGGAAGUUUAUGGACCUGAUGUGGAAAUUUUAGUACAAGAAGAAGAUGCUCAACCACUUGAUAAACCAUUGAUAGCACCCACUAGAAAACCAAAGUUUCAAAUUAAACAACAACAGUUACCCGAAACAACGUACAGCAUUGAGUUCCUUGCCGACAUGAUGGAUGCUCCUCACCUGAUACGCAAUGUGGUACUAUUAGGGCACUUACAUCAUGGAAAAACGACUCUCGUGGACUGUCUCGUAAGGCAGACGCAUCCGUUCAUGCACAGUAUCACAGAUGAAAAACCCUUAAGGUACACCGAUACCUUAUUUACGGAACAGCAGCGAGGAGUAUCGACGAAAGCUACACCCGUGACCCUCCUGUUACAAGACGUCAAGUCAAAAUCCUAUUUACUGAACAUCUUCGACACCCCUGGCCAUGUGAAUUUCUCAGACGAGGCAACAGCAGCUAUUCGCAUAUCGGACGGUGCAGUUCUAGUGGUCGAUGCUGCUGAAGGGGUCAUGCUGAACACGGAACGCUUAUUAAAACACGCCCUACAGGAGAAACUAGCCUUGACGGUGUGCAUCAACAAGAUCGACAGACUAGUCCUCGAGCUGAAACUGCCACCACUGGAUGCGUAUUACAAGCUAAGGCAUAUCAUCGAGGAGAUAAACGGACUAACAGCCAUGUACUCGGACCCAGAGAAUUCCGCCUUCGUCUCGCCUGCUCUGGGCAACGUUUGUUUUGCGAGCUCCGAGUACAACGUCUGCUUUACUCUGAAAUCAUUCGCUGCGUUGUAUGCGAAGAGCCAUCCUUUGCUCAACGCGAGCGAGUUCGCCAAGCGACUUUGGGGCGACAUUUACUUCAACUCGAAGACUCGUAAGUUCACGAAGAAGCCGCCGCACAACACCGCACAGCGCAGCUUCAUAGAGUUUAUCCUGGAGCCGCUGUACAAGAUCUUCGCGCAGGUCGUCGGAGACGUGGACACGACUUUACCGGAAGUCCUGGACGAGUUGGGGAUACGACUGACAUCGGAGGAAAUGAAGAUGAACAUAAGGCCACUCCUGCGGUUGGUGUGCACCAGGUUCCUCGGAGACAUGUGUGGCCUGGUGGACAUGUGCGUGGCCCACGUUCCCAGUCCCCAGGCACACGCUCCACUCAAGGUGCAGCACAUUUACACCGGUCCUGUGGACUCUCCACUAGGUCGAGACAUGGUGAACUGCGACCCUGACGGGAGGCUGAUGAUACACAGCACGAAGAUGUACCCCACGGAAGACUGCACGCUCUUCGUCGUCCUCGGCAGAAUAAUGUCCGGGACCCUGGAGGCAGGGCAAAAGGUACGCGUCCUGGGAGAGGCGUACUCCAGAGCGGACGAGGAGGACUCCCGGGUCCUGACCGUGGGCAGACUGUGGAUAAGCGAGGCCAGGUACUCCAUCGAGCUGAAUCGCGUGUCGGCGGGCAACUGGGUCCUCAUCGAAGGCAUCGAUCGACCCAUCGUCAAGACCAGCACCAUCACCGACCUGGUGGACUCGGACGACCUGCACAUCUUCCGACCGCUCAAGUUCAACACGCAGAGCGUCGUCAAGAUCGCGGUGGAGCCGGUCAAUCCAUCGGAGCUGCCGAAGAUGUUGGACGGCCUGAGGAAGGUGAACAAGAGCUAUCCGCUACUGGGCACUCGGGUCGAGGAGAGCGGCGAGCACGUCGUUCUCGGCACCGGUGAGCUGUACCUCGACUGCGCGAUGCACGACCUUAGGCGGAUGUACUCUGAGAUCGACAUCAAGGUAGCUGACCCCGUGGUCGCUUUCGCGGAGACGGUCGUAGAGACGAGCUCCCUCAAAUGUUUCGCGGAGACGCCCAACAAGAGGAACAAGUUGACCAUGAUCGCGGAGCCCCUGGAGAGAGGCCUCGCGGAGGACAUCGAGGCCGAGCACGUGCGCAUCGGCUGGAAUAAGAAAAAACUGGGAGAGUUCUUCCAGACCAAAUACGACUGGGAUCUCCUGGCUGCAAGGAGCAUCUGGGCCUUCGGACCCGACGCGACCGGUCCCAACAUUCUCGUCGACGACACCCUGCCCUCCGAGGUGGACAAGAGCCUCCUCAACUGCGCCCGAGACGCCAUCGUGCAAGGCUUUCAGUGGGGCACCCGGGAGGGCCCGCUCUGUGAAGAACCGAUCCGCAACGUCAAGUUCAAGAUCCUGGAUGCGGUCAUCGCCCAGGAACCUCUCCACCGCGGAGGUGGACAGAUCAUCCCGACCGCCCGGAGAGUCGCGUACUCGGCCUUCCUGAUGGCCACGCCUCGACUGAUGGAGCCCUACCUCUUCGUCGAGGUCCAAGCACCCGCCGACUGUGUCUCGGCCGUGUACACGGUGCUGGCCAAGAGGCGAGGACACGUUACUCAGGACGCCCCGGUGCCUGGAAGCCCGCUUUACACCAUCAAGGCCUUCAUCCCGGCCAUCGACAGCUUCGGCUUCGAGACCGAUCUCAGAACGCACACCCAGGGCCAGGCAUUCUGCCUCUCCGUGUUCCAUCACUGGCAAAUCGUACCUGGGGAUCCCCUUGACAAGAGCAUCACCGUCAGACCCCUGGAACCCCAGCCUGCCACCCACCUGGCCAGGGAAUUCAUGCUGAAAACGAGAAGACGCAAGGGUUUAUCCGAAGAUGUCUCUAUAAACAAGUUCUUCGAUGAUCCCAUGUUGCUCGAACUGGCUCGACAGGAUGUCCUGCUCAAUUAUCCCCUGUAAAUCCAUUCCCCACUGUGUCAAG